AUGAGCACUAAUGAGCUCGAAAUCUUGGGACAUAUCCUCAUCGCUGCUGCGAAAACCGAAAACUCACACUAUCCAUUCAUCAUUGACGUUGAUUUGUUGCAGGGCGACGCUACCUUCACUCGAUCAUGGAAUGGGAUCGUGAAAGACUGCAAGCGAAUCGCGCACAAUAUCCCCCAACCCAUCAGAGAUAUCGUUGGGAAACAUAUUCAAACCAGACGAGACAGCAAUCCAGCCUCUCGACUUCCAGAAUCGUUCUGUCAGCCCGACAGCCCCAUUGCCCAGAUAUCGCAAACGCCAAGAGAGGUUUCGCAAUCCAUAAGUGAAGGUAUACCCUCAACUAUUCGAGCUAGUUCUAUUACUGAGGCAGAAAGGGGUUCAGAGGAGUGUGUCUCGAGUUCUUUGAGCCAGAAGCAACUGUUGGCUCGGAACCCAACUCCCGUGAAGAGUACUUCAAAGCGAAAACAGCCUCUGCCCCCCAUUCUUCUCAAGGAUCUAAAAUCUUGGGUUGAAUCACCAAAACAGUUUUUAAAUCUUGAGGGAAUAAAGGUUGAUGAUUGUGGUAUCAUCCCUUACAUCCGAGCAGUUGAAAAUUCUCAGUAUUUGAAUACCAUUAGAAAGCGGUUCGUCCUGCGACAGCUGGCUGAAUCAAAACGACUCUGGGCACCUCGAACAACGAAGACCUUCUUUGAAAAACUCGCUACGCCACGUUCGACUCUCAACAAUUGGAUAUACGAGGGUGGUAACUACGCCUCACUCGUUGCAAAUAAAGGCCCCGAGGUCCUGUUCUCAGAACUCAAGCCAAGAACCCAGUGA